GAUAGCAGUGUGGUUAAAAGAUGUCUGCGGAGGGAAGGGAUGCGUCACUGGAUUAGUGCCUGAGAAUUUGUCCCAGCCUCUUCCUCCUGAGCUGCUGAGACGCCUCCAGAAGGGCACGACACUCACUGCUUGCUACCCCCCUCCACCAAGCCUUCCACAUGAGCCUGCCAAGCCUUACCUCCCCACCAGGAUGAAGAAAGAAAAGAAAACACAUGCUUUACUGUUUCUCCUCCUGCUUCACUUCACCUCGGCAAGACAGUCAGACUAUGCUCCAUAUUUUUAUGAUAAUGGACCCAGCAGUACAAAUGGGAAUAUGGCCUUGUUCAGCAUCUCUGAGGAUACACCAGUUGGGACACAGGUAUACAUUCUGAACGGUACAGAUCCAGAAGGAGAUCCGGUGCGAUAUGGUCUGACUUUUGAACAGGGCUCCAAGGAAUUCUUUAGAGCGGACUCCAAAUCAGGAAAUGUGACUCUAAUUCAGGAGCUAGACAGAGAGAAACAAGGCGAAAUCUCAGUGCUCGUGAGCAUAACGGACGGUCGCAACAAAGUUGUUGAGACCGUGAGAGUGUUUGUCACUGACGCUAAUGAUGAACCACCAGAAUUUCAAAACCUUCCUUUCAUCAUUGAUAUCCCAGAGGAUACUGCUCCGGGAAGUAGCAUCUACAGAGUCCAAGCAAUGGAUAAAGAUAUGGGCUCCGGAGGCAGCGUUUCAUAUUAUCUACAGACCUCUCCGUUUGCCAAGUUCACCAUCGAUGGGCACAGCGGCAUCCUUAGAGUGAAACCUGGUGAGACUUUGGACUACGAAACCACACCCACGCACUUUGUGACGGUGGUCGCAAAGGAUGGAGGUGGAAAGUACAAGGGGAAGCAUCAGGUGUUGACCGCCACUGCCACCAUAACAAUCAAUCUAAUUGAUGCUCAAGACAUGCCUCCAUCUUUCGUGGGAACCCCAUACUUUGGCUACGUCUACGAAGUCUCAGUGCCUGGUUCUGAAAUAUUCACUGUGUACGCUAAAGAUGGAGAUCAAGGCAAACCUAACAUGAUGCAUUAUUCCAUUAUGAAUGGUAGUGAUGGUGUGUUUGAUAUAAAUAGCACCAGUGGAUGCAUCACCCUUACAACUUAUCCAUUUCUGCUGAGAAAUGAAUUAUAUGAAAUUAAAGUCAAGGCGUCUGAGUUAGGACCAAACGAUCAGCUGCAGGACUACGAUGUUACCACAGUGACGGUCAGGGUGGUGGAUCUUAAUAACCAUCCUCCGACCUUUUACGGAGAGAGCGGACCACAGAGCAAGUUUGAGGUCACGAUGUAUGAGCAUCCUCCUGCAGGAGAGAUCCUCAGAGGCUUUAAGAUCACCGUCAAUGACUCCGAUCAGGGAGCAAACGCUAAAUUUAAACUGAGACUCGUGGGGCCAAAUCGAGUGCUGCGAGUCGUUCCCCAGACAGUGCUCAAUGAAGCGCAGGUGACCAUCAUUGUGGAAGACACAUCUGGCAUCGACUAUGAAAAGGGACCAACCCUUUCUUUUAAGCUGCUGGCCGUGGAGAUCGACACUCCUGAGAGGUUCAGUGCCACAGCUGACAUAGUGAUCAACCUGCUGGACACAAACGACAACGUCCCAAAAUUCACGGCUGAGUAUUACAUCGCCAGAGUCCCUGAGAACUCUCCUGGAGGCUCCAGCGUCGUGUCCGUGACGGCAAACGAUCCAGAUUCAGGGCCUUGGGGUGAAGUCAAAUACACGAUUUAUGGAUCAGGAGCAGAUUUGUUUACCAUCCACCCAUCAUCAGGCCUCAUCUCCACGCAGCCCUGGACCAGCCUGGAUGCAGAGGUCAGGUCUAAAUAUAACUUUUACAUCAAGGCUGAAGAUUCAGAGGGGAAGUACAGCUUGUCUGAAGCCUUUGUCACCGUCGUUGACAUGAACGACCACCCUCCAGAAUUUGACGAAGAACUCCUGGAAAAGACAAUGAUUAUUGGCACACCUGUGAAAGUAGAGGCAAUGGAUGAUGAUGCAGAGUCCCCAAACAACGUCAUUCAGUACUCCAUCAUGACAGCCGACCCUGACAACGCAUUCGAUAUCAACGCCGACACCGGUGAGAUCAAGCUGAAGCCGUACAUCAAGUCCAUGGAGAUUGUGCAUAACAUCACCAAGCAGAAGGACUGCAAGUGGUCUCUGGUAGUCCAAGCCAGGGACAGAGGCUCUCCAUCCUUCAGCACAACAGCCGUGGUCAAUAUUGAUAUCACAGAGGCGACUCCUCUCAAGGGGCCUAUGGCGGCCUUUUUAUUGAAAAGUAGGGACAAUCCUAUGAAAGCUCUAGGCAUGGUCACUGUUAUCAUUACUGUAUUGGUAGGGGUGACUGCUUUGAUCUCUACUGCUAUGUACAUGCGAAACUCAAAGUCAAACAGGAUCAUGCCGGCACGUCGCAUCAUUAAGAGGCGACCCAGGGACCAGAAGCCCUGGGACUUCAGGAUGCCCCUUAUCAAAUUCAACGACCCCGCAGAUAAGUUCAUCAUUGGCGAUCCAGAGAGCCGCCUGAAGCGGGGAAGCGGCAGCUCCCGGCCCAAGCCUCCACCCCCCAGCGCUCCUAGUCUGCCCCCUCCACCUCCGACCACAAGGCCAAACGAGAGGCCCCGGGCAGUCCCAACAAUAUCUGGUGCGCUGGCCUCCAAAGUCGCCAAGACAACUAAAUCUGGUCGCCGCAGAGAAGGGCAGGGAAAUAUGAGCUCUGCUUUAGUGUCAGAGCUUAAAAUGAAGCUGGAGCAGAAAAUGAUUGAGAGCAAUCAAAGUUGUUAUUAACCCUGUCUUGUCUUAAGAUUUCCUCGUCCAGUUCUUUGACAGCUCGUCUCCUAUCCGAGAGUUGUCACCUAAAAUUCAUGUGAUGAUCUGGUAGGGUUGGCCUGCCUCUAGAUUAUUCAUAUGUAAACAGUGUAAGGGUUAUAACAGAAAGGUUUACAGAUAUUUAUGUCUUAAGACAAGAUAUUAAACAAGUGGGCUCCACUGCAUCCUUAGCUGACCUGGUUUAUAGAGCUUGAGUCUGUCACUGGUGCAGUGGAAGAUAAAUCACCACACUGCCAUCUUGAGGAAGAUUACAUCAUCUUAACAGUAAGAAGCACCACUGUAGAUUGUCUCGAGAGAGGAUUACAAAGACUUACUGUGUAUACAUAAGUUGCAUAACUUCCUGAAAAGUGUAAUGUCCACAACCUUGUAAUGUUUUCAACACAAAACUAGGAUUUCACCCAUAAAAUCCUGCUAAAAAAAAACAACAACAAAAAAAAGUCUUUUGCUCACUUGAGCAUGCAGCUGAAUGACACGGUCAUGAAAGACAACACUGCUUCUUAUAAAGUGCUAAAUGACCUGUGUGUUAAUAUUUUUACUGUGUUACAUCAGCCGCUUGAAAGCUGAGAAGUUGCUCUUUUGUAUGAUUACAACGUGCCACUGUAGGUUUUCACAGUAACACAAGCUAAACAGAGUUGCUUUUAUUUAUUUGAGCGUGUUAUUCUAGAAGAAAUGCUUUUAUAUAAAUACCAUGGGUCCAUUUUAAUUGUACAGCAUUGUAUUAUUUUUAUUAUUUUGAGUAUACAUAUAUAUAUAACAAGAUAUAAACAUGUCCAAGUUGUAUCUUGCAGCCGUAAAUAAAGUACAAAUUAAACCAUCUAACUCUACUAGUCGGACAUUGUUGGCACAAAUUAAGAGUUUCAAGCAUAGAUCACGAUGUAUAUAACCUACUUGGACAUUUCCUUUGCAGAUAAACUGUAGAGUCUGUGUCGAACAUUUAGUUUAGAGUCCACACAGUUACUUUCCAUGUUAUUCUUCAAUGCCUUCAAAUAUAGGCAAAUAAAAUUUGAGUAAUUUAAUUGCUGUAUUACAUAUCUUGUAUCUGACUCUAUCUUAACUUAUAAAUAUCUUAAAUAAGUUGAGAUAAACUAUAUUGUAUGUUAACUAUAAAUUAAACUUGCCUGGUCCUUCAAAGUAACAUAUUUGUAC